CUGGAUCAGGGGCAGAUUCUCCAGGGAGGUGAGUUGCACAUUCUCAAGACCUCCUGCUAUCCUAGCCAGCAAGGAUUUCCAGGGGCUGCUCAGCAAACAGCAUGUGGCUCAAGGCCACCGUCCUCCUCCUCCUCCUCCUCUUCCAGACCAGCCAAGGGAACCAGGGUUGUGGUGGCACUUUGAACAAGAGCUGUCCCUAUCAAGACGUCUACAUGAGGACCCGAGAUGUCACAGAGAUCCCCAAGUCAGUAGCUCCCAUUAUCACCGAAAUGUUCUUUGUGGAGACCAGCAUUGUAGAAAUCAGACAGGGAGCCUUCCUGAACAUGUCUAACCUAGUGAAAAUUGAAUUUAUAAACAGCAAGAUUAAAAGAGUUGAAGCAGGAGCAUUUGAUAACUUGGAGAAAUUGACGGAUUUGGAAAUCACUGGGGCUGAGUUAGGGGAUCUCCCUGUGGGCACCUUCCGGUCCCUGGGUCGCUUGCGGAAAGUGAGCCUGAGGGACUCCCAAAUAAAAAAGAUUGAAAAAGGACUCUUCGAUAGUCUUGGGGAUUUGGAAGAGAUUUAUCUACAUCGGAAUGAAAUUGCCUCUCUCCCCGAUGGAGUUUUUGAUGGUCUCCCUAAACUCUCCUUGUUACAUUUGGGGUGGAACCAGAUUUCCAACUUCUCACAGGAUGUUUUCCAGCAACUGACCCAGUUGAAGACUCUCCGGUUGCAAAAUAACCAGAUAGGGAGUUUAGGGGAGGGGAGUCUGGACAGCCUGCAGGAGCUGGUGGAGCUCAAUCUUGAAAGCAACAGGCUCCAGACUCUCCCACCCAACUUGCUAAAACAGCUGGUCAAUCUGGAGAAGGUUUUUCUGGGCAAGAACUCAAUUGAAGUUCUCCCAGAUGAGAUCUUCCUUGGACUGAGAAAAGUGAAACAGCUGAAGGUGGCUUCCAACCACUUGAAAGCCUUCCCGCCCUUGGGGACCCUGCGGCUGUUGAAGGAGCUGGACCUGAGCAGGAACAAGAUCUCCUCCCUGGAGAAUUUGGCAGUGGCUUCUCUCCCAUCCCUGACGACUCUUAAGCUUCAAGGAAACCUCCUGGAAACCAUCCCCACAGGUCAAUUGGACCAACUGGAAAAACUCUCUUCCCUGUAUCUUGGAGACAAUCCGUGGAGGUGUGACUGUCACCUUCUCUAUCUUCAUCAGUGGAUAAACAUUAAUGCCAAAAGAAUAAAGGAUGCCAAAAAGUUAACCUGUAGAAGCCCAGGAGACCUGGUUGGCAAGGAAGUGAGCUCACUGUCAACAGACCAGCUGGUCUGUAUAACAACUACACCUAUUUUAGCCACCUUCAAAACCACCCCAUUGCCCACCUCUGCUUCUCCCACCGCAGCACGGAGAAGCACAGCCGGAGCUUCAGCUCAGUCCCCCACGCUGCAGGAGGCCACCACCGCAUCUCAGGCCUCAGCCACAGUUCCUCAGACCCAUCCUACGAAAAGCACACAAAUCAUUACCAGCAAGCCAACAACCACCCCCAUGAGCAUCCAAACCCCAACUUCAAGCUCCCCCUUCACCCCCACUCAGAGUUCCAUCUCAGCCAGGACAAAUCCUGAAAUCACAAGUCAUCAAGCCACAACUUCCACAAGUUCUUCAACCACAAACAAAGAUACCAAAACUGUCUUUGAGAUUUCUUCCACAACGCAUGAAAUAAUUUCCACAAAUACUCCAGCCACAACCAAAAAAGCCACAACUCUCACUGAAUUGCCUUCUACAAUCCUUCAACACCCAACUUCCAUGACUUCUCCAACCACAACCAAAGAUGCAACAACUGUCACUGAAUUGCCUUCUACAACCCUUCAACACCCAACUUCCAUGACUUCUCCAACCACAACCAAAGACGCAACAACUGUCACUGAAUUGCCUUCUACAACCCUUCAACACCCAACUUCCAUGGCUUCUCCAACCACAACCAAAGACGCAACAACUGUCACUGAAUUGCCUUCCACAACGCUUCAAGCCACAACUUCCAUGAGUUCUCCAACCACAACCCAAAAUGCCACAGCUGUCUCUGAGAUUUCUUCCAUAAGCCACCAGUUCACCUCUUGUCUAGAUACUCCAACCACAGAUGAUGAACCCAGUACCCGAACCACGGAAGCUUCUGUGCCCUGGGGCACCCCCACCAAGGCACCCCCUACUGCUCUAACUAACAUCAACUCAGCAAUAACCUAUGAACAGUUUACAGUCCCCAAGAGAUCCACAGAAAGCCAGGAUCCACCCACUGGCAGUCCUGUGAUCACCACAUCAUCUGUGUGUAGCUCCAGACCCUCCGCACCAGACCCAUCCACCAGGCUAGCGAUGACCAUACCCAGCCCCACAGCCCCCAGGGUGACACUGGCACAGAUGCCUGUUGCAGGCUCAGCCCUGGCACUUCCAUCUGCAGCAAAGCUCCCCUUUUCCCCUUCCUCUUCUCUCCCUUCUUUGCCCCAGAGUGCUGGGAGCCCCCUUUCCCCCAACCGCCCUGCCCUUCUGCCACAGCACCAGUCCUGGGGCUCCCUGCUGAGCUCCAACUCCGGGUAUUGCCAAGUGUUCCUCUUGCUGUAUCUCUCCAUGCUCUCCGUGGCCAUCUUCUGUGCAGUUGUCUUAGGGCGCCUGGCAUACGUGCUCCACAAAGCCACAGAGUCGGUCCAGUUGCCUCCCAGGCCAGUGAGGUUAGUGCACAUCAAGGCCAGGUGAAGGAAGAGUGAAGGGUGGUGGCAGAAAAGCAUCCCUGCCAUCUCAACUCUUGCCUCCUGGGAUGCCCACUGAGACCCAGGGCAGAGUGCCCUGCAUUGGAUUGCUUCUUAAUACUGCCACCUCCUAGACCCCAAGGAGAGGGCAGAUGAGGAAACUGAAUCUACCAGCUGUAGCCCUACCUUAUCCUCUCCCUCAUGUGGUGGGGCUAUUAUAAUACACUUGUGGUAGUAAAAGAUCUCCCAUAUCACAGACAUAGAACCUCUGAGAUGCCCCCCCCCCACAUAUGAACCCUCCCCCCACCCAUUAGGAAACUUUACAGCUGGCUGGAUUAACCCUGAGUGACUCGGCCAGGCAUUGGGGGCCCAGGGAACCAGACUGCUUCUAUUCACUGGCCAGGUGUAUCUCAGAGCCUUCCUAAGGACAAGGUUAUCUAAAACCAUCCAAGCCCAGGCUGUAAUUCCACUGGACCAGCUUCUUCCUUUGCAAUGCAGCCCAGUAGACAAAAGAUAAGUAAGGUGUGGUUCCUCCUUUGGAUCAAGGCUCUCAGCGAACGCCAAAACCGUGUGGAGGGCCCAUUGCAUGCAUGCUAAUAAAAAAAGAAUAUUAAAACAUCAAAGUGAGUUGAUUGUUUAGAGUGGCUGCAGCCCACUGACUGUGGGGCUGGAGUUGAAGAGCACUCAAAACCUUUGCUUGGUCCAAAAUGCACCCACUUAAUUAUUGGCCAAUCCAAAUGUAGGAUCCCUGCGCCCUGAGCCCCCACUGGUGUCCAAAGAAGGGCAGUUCCAGGUGUUGGGGGGGGUCACCUGUGUGGGUUGAGAUGCAGUACCUUCAAGGCUACCCUCUCCUUUGGAUGGUGGGAGUUUAUGUUUUCUCUGUGCUGCUUUUUUUUGUUUCCUGCGUUUUAUUGCUGGAAACCACGGAGAGUGUUGGGAGUGCAGUAACCUGAUCAAUAAACAAGCAAGUGCCUGGGAUAAAUCCCACCUGGGUGUUUUCUGCUGCUCUUUGCUGUCAGGCAAUCAAAGGCUUACUGAGUGGAUCCGUUUUCCAGCUUGGCCCAAUGCCCAGAAUGCCCAGAAUUGUGUGUGGUUCCCACCCUGAAGCUGUUCUGAAAGGCUGAAACAGAACAGAACAGAACAGAAUACAGAAUAAAUAGAAAACAGAGUAAAACAGAAAAUAGAGCAGAAUAGAAUACUUUAUUUGGCCAACUGUUUGGGUUAGACAAGCAGGUGAGCUCUGGGUUUGCUUCCUAUAGUUUUUCUGGACACUCAUCCUUUGCUCCUUUAUUCUGGUUUUUUUAUAACAUAAGCACCCAGAGAUAUUGGGAGUGUAUUAUAUAAAAUGACAUAGAUAGAUAGAUAGAUAGAUAGAUGAUAGAUGAUAGAUGAUAGAUCGAUCGAUCAUAAAACCAAUCUCUAAGCAUCCCAGGGUGGCUGGUUUUGCAGAGCCUGCCUAACCCUGGAGAAGCAGCCUGAAACCUCUUCUGGGGCCCCUUUCCCGUCUGGUGCCAAGGAUAGGAACCGGGGCAGAGUCCAGGACUUCUUGGGCAGAAACUUUGCCGGGAGAGGCAGCCUCCUGGGGAGGAAAAGGCCCCGCCAACCCCGCCCCAGGUAAAGCCGUCGGCCAAGGCGGCUAGGGUCCCGACCUUACUUAGGGCUGGUUCAAAGCCAGCGCAGGAAGCCGCUGCGGGCGUUCAGGGAGGCUCGGUCUUGCGGGGCGCUGCCGACGUCGGCCCGGCCAAGUUGCGCAGUGCAGUCGGGGCGAGCUUAUCCGGAGAGGAGAGCGGGGCAGCCCAGCGCUGUAAUCCGCUGCUGGUUAUGGUGAAUCAACGGAAACCUGGGAAGCAUCGAAGAAUGUGGGUGUAAUGUAUUUGAAUUUUAGGAGGGAAAUUUGGGCGGGAAAAUGCACAUUGCUGAUUGGCUGAUGCCUCAGCCAAAAUACUAUUUAAAGAGGGGUUUUUGCCUGUUGGCUUUGCUGGGAUCACAAUAAACCAAAGAGCUGUUGUCACUUGUAUCGUCUCCUGCCUCUUCAUUGCCGGAACUUAACAUUGGCGACGAGGGUGGGAUAUUGAAGGCAGUGAGACUAGGAAAAGAGCUGAAGGAGCAACGUAAUUUCAAACCCAGCCAGUAUCAAGGGUGGAUACAUAGCGAUGUCUAGCUAUAUGCCGCCAGCGCCAUUCGACCCAGCCAAGGAGAAAUGGGGGUCGUACAUGGCUCGUUUCGAGUGUUUCCUCGAAGCUAACGAACUGCAAGGAGUAUCGGAUAAUCGGAAGCGCACUUACUUCCUGAGCCACUGUGGGCCAGAAGUCUUCGAUACCACCGAAUCGCUGUCGGAACCAAUGCCGGUACAGUCGGUGCCAUGGCAAAUGCUACAGACGACGCUACGAGCACACUACGUGCCGGUGCCAUCGAAGUUUGUACAACGGUUCGAGUUGAGGCAAAGAAUUCAGCGAGAGGGCGAAUCGAUAAGCGUGUACAUGGCCGCAUUAAGGAAAGCCACAAACCACUGUGAGUAUAGAGACUUGGAGGACUCUUUAUUAGAACAACUCAUUUGUGGGGUCAGGGACAUCUGACUACAGAGGCAGCUGCUGUCGAAAAGCAACCUAACCCUGGCGAUAGCCCUGGAUGAGGCCAGGGCACAUGAGAUGUCCACCAAAGCAGCGGAAACCUUACAAAAGCCGAACAUGCCAAAUGCCACAGCGAAAGCAAUGCCAGUCCACAGCAAAGAAUUCCAGGCCGAAUCGGACGGUGAAGAAGAGGAAGAGGUUUUCUACACCGGGAGGCUGGAGAGAGGCGACCGGGACGAGUGCGUGAGUUGCGGAGGCCAACACCAACGACAAAAUUGCAGGUUCAAAGACGCAAUUUGUCGCCGGUGUGAAAAGAAAGGACACAUAGCUCAGGCCUGCCAAGCCUCUCAACCUUCCCGCCCAAAAUUCAAACCGGCCAAUCAACAGGGCGCCGGAUCCGCGAAGCAGCCAGAGAUUGGUCAGUUCAGAAAAGGCGCGAAGUUAAAUCAGACCACUGUGAGAGUGGGCCACGCAUCGACACGGCUAGAAAAGAAAAUAUUCACCAAGACAUACAUCGAAGGAGUGCAGUGUAAAAUGGAGGUGGAUACCGGCUCAUCAAUCACGAUUAUGUCUUGGGACACAAUCGCAAGGGACCUGCCAGACGUCGCGAAACGCCAGCUGCAACCCCAAAAGCUGAGAGUGCAAGACUACCAGGGGAACCGAAUCCCUGUUCGAGGAGUCACGUCCGUCAGAGUGAAAUAUGGACAAUUCAAGAAAACCCUGCCGAUCACCAUCGUAGAUGGAAACCUGCCCAGUUUGCUAGGUCUGGACUGGUUCAGAGCCUUGGGCAUGGAAGUAACCGGGGUUCACAGAAGCGGAGUCAACCUGAAGGACGAAUUGUUGAGAGAAUUCGAGGAUGUUUUCCAAGACUGCCUGGGCAAGUACGUGGGGACCCCCAUUUCAUUCAAUUUGGACCCCCAGGUGGCUCCCAUUAGAUUAAAAGCUAGGAGGGUCCCGUUUGCCCUCAAACCCAAGAUUGACAGGGAACUAGACAAAUUAGUAAGCCAGGGAAUACUAGUCCCCGUCGACCAUGCAAAAUGGAAGACACCAAUAGUGACCCCAGUCAAACCGGACAGAUCAGUCCCUAUUUGCGCUGACUAUAAGGCAACACUUAACAAAGCAUUGCAAAAGAGUGCUUACCCCGUUCCCGUAGUGCAACAUUUGUGGCACUCGUUAGGACAGGGACAGGUUUUUGCCAAACUUGGUUUGGC